GUCCCCUGUUAGCUCCUGACCGCUCAUGAUUGGAUCCCAAGUUGGGCAUUGCGGGAGCAUACUCCUGAGUCCUAAGGUCGGCCUGCAUCUUGCCUUGAAAUUCUAGUGCUGCUUCUCGGCUGGUCCCUCCCAUCCCUCUCUCCUGAUUUCAUCGUCCUAAGUCCCUCCGGACUCCCUGUAUAUAUAUCGUCUUUUCUUCUCUUACUCGCUUUUAUUCUGCAAUCGACUUUUGGAUCUGUAUUGCUGGUGGAGCUAUCCAUCUGAGAUCUAUUUCUCUUCUCUGAUUGUUACCCCUCCGUACCUCCUCCCCUGACCACAUCUACUUCCGCAACUCGCAGAGGGCUCUUUACCCAGCGAGUUAAUAUAGCCAUGCCUGUCUCACAUCUAACCCUGACGGUUGCCCACCUGCCCACCUCCACAUCCUUCUUCCUUUCUUGCCUACAACCUCUGGGGUACCAGUUUAUCGGGCGCCAUGAUGACUACAUUGGCUUCGGUCAAAAGACCGGCGAGCCCGCAGACUUCUGGAUCACCGAGCAAAAGCCCGGGGUGCCUGCUGGUGCCGCUCAUGUUGCCUUUCCUGCAACCUCCAAAGACGCUGUGAGCGCCUUCUUCAUCAACGCCCUAAAGGCGGGUGGUAAAAUCCAUAGCGAGCCCAAGCAGCGCGACUCGGACUCUGGCUACUACAGCGCCGCCGUCAUCGACUUUGAUGGCAACAGCAUCGAGGCAGUAUACCGCCCUAGCGUCUCAUCAGCCCGGUCAGAGGUCAGAUCAGAGGUCCGGUCCGUGGCCAAAUCUGAGGUCAAGUCUGAGCUAAGUCGGCCGGCCCUGGCGUUGCUCGAAAACGGCUCGGUUGUAUCGAAGGCGAGCAGCAAAGCCAGCUCCGUCAGGCCCGAGAGCGUCGCGCCUCCCAGGUCUGAAGCCCGCUCGUAUGCUUCCAAGGCCACAACUGCCGUGGAAAGGCUGCCUCCCCCGUCCGAGCGAGCCCCGUCUGUUGUCAGCCGUGAUAUCCAGCAGGCUCCCACGGUGAUCACCCGCGAAAUCCAACAGGCCCCGUCGCCCACAUAUGUUGUCCACCACACGACCCACACUACCACCCAGAAGACUGACGACGGCAAGACGGCCAAAACCAUUGUCGGCACACUUAUCGGUGCUGCUGCGGGCGCCGCACUCGCAUAUGCAAUGACCAAAUCUGACUCCCCGGAAGGAUCCGAGACCACGCCGCCCCCGUCGUAUUCUCCCCGGGACAUUGCCCAGUUGCUCUCCCCGUCGCAAGCACCUUCCCAGGCCCAGGACGAGUAUCCUGGCUUCAGGGCCAUCGAGGCUCCGCCACGGAGCGUUUAUUCUUCGCGGUCCGACGCGCGCCCCAGUCUCACUCGUAGUGUGACCUCGAAGAACCCUCGCGCCAGCACCAUCUACGAAGGCACGGAGUUUAUCCCCCGGGGCAGCGGCGGCAGUGUCUAUCUCGACGAGAACGGCCGCCGGGCAUCCGAGGGAAGCGUCUACACCACCAAGGAUAUCCCCCUGCGGGCGAUCGAAUACGCCCCACCGGUCGAUGGACGGGGUUACCAGAACACCCUGGUCAGCAGCUUCCACGACAAAUCGCGGGCGAUGGACGGUGCGAGUGUCUAUUCAUCCUCCACAGUCCGCACCCCCUCCAAGGCCAGCUAUCAAGAGUCCCACCACAGCUCUCAUCAUUCCUCACACCACUCUUCCUACCACUCCGUGAGCCGAUCCCAGGCCGGCAGCACUGCCUCUUCCAACCGCACGGCCCGGCAGGCCCCUCUCCCGGAAGGUUCCAUCGCCUCCUUCACCUCCUACCGCAGCGCUACCAAAUCGGGUGUCUCGGCUCGCGAGGUCCCUCUUCCCGAGAGUGUCGUUGAUCUCGAUGUCCAAAGCCAUGUCACCCCUGACGACUCGAUCAGUCAGGUGGAUGACUCCCGGCGGUCCUCCUACUCCCAUCGGUCGCAUGCUUCGAAGCCCGCCUCCCGGGUGUCCAAGCACUCGAAGUUCGACGAACCCGUCAAGCCCAGCGACAGCGUCAGCCAAGUCUCUACCAACGUCUCCAAGGCCUCUCAGCGGACCAUGAAAGCCGGCGGUAAUGGCAGCGGCGGCAGCAUCGCUCCCUCCAAGGCCGCCUCGAAUGCGGCCUCGAAAGUCAGUCGCAGAACCGCCAGCCAGGUAGCAUAGACUACCUCCAGCAUCUUCUCUUCUUCUCCAUCACUCUUAUUUCUCUUCUUUUCACUCCACAGCAUACACAUGCUUGUGAUAAUUUAUCUAACCGCUGAUCGACCGGCAUGGUCUUGGACCAUCUUGCAUUACCUAACUUGUAU